ACCCUCCCUCUGAGCCGUUGCCCUCCGAGCGCUUCGUGGGUCACGUGCCCGAACGCAGAGCUACCAUCGACUCGGUCCUCCAGCCGCCCAGAGAGGAGUCGGAAGUGCCCGGAGCGGCGCGCGUUCUUCCGGCAGGGCCGUCCGCGCUUUUGUCCCGCCGGCGGCCGGGCUCCCGCGGCGCCGCCACAGCCAUGUCACAUUUGAAGACAAGGGGCACUGAGGAUGAGGAAUCAACUGAAAAGUAUGAAAAUGUUGGAAAUGCAGAAUCCGUGUGGCCAAAAGUGGAAGGUCUCCACAAGGAUCAUAUGCAGGAAUCUAAGGUUGGUGAAACGUGUGAUUGGGAUAGCAAGGUAGAGAAUCAGUUGGAAAAGCCUGAGGGAAAAAGAAUGAAGGAAGACAAAAGUGACAUCAGAGAAAAGAUUGGCAAAGCCAAGAACACAGCAAAUAUAAAGAUAGAAGAGGAAGACAAGUCAUGUGAGGAAAGCUUACAUCUGACCUCAAAACAUGUUACACACCAGACUGUCUCUAUAGAACAGAAAAGCAGUGAACAAGGCAAAUGUGUGGAGAACAUUAAUGGAAACUCUCACCCCAGUCCACAGCAGAAAAGCAGGGCUGCUAAGAAAUCGCAUAAAUGUGAUGAGUGUGGGAAAUCCUUCAAAUAUAAUUCCCGCCUUGUUCAACAUAAAAUUAUGCACACUGGGGAAAAACGCUAUGAGUGCAAUGACUGUGGAGGGUCUUUCCGGAGCAGCUCGAGCCUUCGAGUCCACAAGCGGAUCCAUACUGGGGAGAAGCCGUACAAGUGUGAGGAAUGUGGGAAAGCCUACAUGUCCUACUCCAGCCUAAUCAACCACAAGAGUACCCAUUCUGGGGAGAAGAACUGUAAGUGUGAUGAGUGUGGAAAAUCCUUCAAUUAUAGCUCUGUUUUGGACCAACAUAAGAGGAUCCACACUGGGGAGAAGCCCUAUGAAUGUGGUGAGUGUGGGAAGGCCUUCAGGAACAGCUCUGGUCUCAGAGUCCACAAAAGGAUCCACACAGGGGAGAAGCCCUACGAAUGCGACAUCUGUGGGAAAACCUUCAGUAAUAGCUCUGGCCUUAGGGUCCACAAAAGGAUCCACACAGGUGAGAAGCCCUAUGAAUGUGAUGAAUGUGGGAAGGCCUUCAUUACCUGCAGAACACUUCUAAACCAUAAAAGCAUUCACUUUGGAGAUAAACCUUAUAAAUGUGAUGAGUGUGAGAAAUCAUUUAAUUAUAGCUCUCUCCUUAUUCAGCAUAAAGUCAUUCACACUGGAGAGAAACCUUAUGAAUGUGAUGAAUGUGGGAAGGCCUUCAGGAACAGCUCAGGCCUUAUAGUGCAUAAAAGGAUCCACACGGGAGAGAAACCUUACAAGUGCGAUGUCUGUGGCAAAGCGUUCAGCUAUAGCUCAGGCCUCGCAGUCCAUAAAAGCAUUCACCCUGGGAAGAAAGCUCAUGAAUGUAAGGAGUGUGGAAAAUCCUUCAGCUAUAAUUCACUUCUUCUUCAGCAUAAAACCAUUCACACUGGAGAGAGACCUUAUGUGUGUGAUGUGUGUGGGAAAACGUUCAGAAACAAUUCAGGCCUCAAAGUGCACAGGAGGCUCCACACUGGGGAGAAACCAUAUAAGUGUGAUGUGUGUGGGAAAGCCUAUAUCUCACGCUCUAGCCUUAAAAACCACAAAGGAAUCCAUCUUGGGGAGAAGCCCUAUAAAUGUAGCUAUUGUGAGAAAUCCUUCAAUUACAGCUCUGCCCUUGAGCAACAUAAAAGGAUUCAUACAAGGGAGAAGCCUUUUGGGUGUGAUGAGUGUGGAAAAGCUUUCAGAAAUAAUUCAGGCCUUAAAGUACAUAAACGAAUCCACAGUGGGGAGAGACCUUACAAAUGUGAAGAAUGUGGGAAAGCCUACAUCUCACUUUCAAGCCUUAUAAAUCAUAAAAGUGUACACCCUGGGGAAAAGCCCUAUAAAUGUGAUGAGUGUGAAAAAGCCUUCAUCACAUACCGAACCCUUAUAAACCACAAAAAGAUUCAUCUUGGGGAGAAGCCCUACAAAUGUGAUGUGUGUGAGAAAUCUUUUAAUUACACCUCACUCCUUUCUCAACACAAAAGGGUCCACACUAGAGAGAAACCCUACGAAUGUGACAGGUGUGAGAAAGUCUUCAGAAACAACUCAAGCCUUAAAGUGCAUAAAAGAAUCCAUACUGGUGAGAAGCCCUAUGGAUGUGAUGUGUGUGGAAAAGCCUACAUCUCACACUCAAGCCUUAUUAACCAUAAAAGUACCCACCCUGGCAAGACACCCUACACAUGUGAUGAAUGUGGAAAAGCUUUUUUCUCAAGCAGAACUCUUAUAAGCCAUAAAAGAGUCCAUCUAGGGGAGAAACCCUUCAAAUGUGUUGAGUGUGGGAAAUCUUUUAGUUACAGCUCACUCCUUUCUCAACACAAGAGGAUCCACACGGGGGAGAAACCCUAUGUAUGUGAUAGGUGUGGGAAGGCAUUCAGGAACAGCUCAGGCCUCACAGUACAUAAAAGGAUCCACACGGGUGAGAAACCCUAUGAAUGUGAUGAGUGUGGGAAGGCAUACAUCUCACACUCAAGUCUUAUCAACCAUAAGAGCGUCCACCGUGGGCAGCAGCCCUAUAAUUGUGAGUGUGGGAAAUCCUUCAAUUAUAGAUCAGUCCUUGACCAACACAAAAGGAUCCACACUGGAAAGAAGCCAUACCGAUGUAGUGAGUGUGGGAAAGCUUUUAAUAUCAGAUCAAAUCUCACCAAGCAUAAAAGAACCCACACUGGAGAGGAAUCUUUAAAUGUGACAAAUGUGGGAAGUCAUAGUAGCACAUCACAGAAAAGAACUCAUGAGGGAGAGGAUGCUCUGGAUGGGACCAGGAUAAGCAUUUCGCUGUAGGAGGCGGAGCUUGCCAAGUCUCCAAGAACUCAAAUGGAAGAAAAACCUUAUGAAUGUAAGAAUGUCUGAGAUCCUUGUUCAUGGCUUAUAAUUUACAUAGUCUAAAUGAAACCCUGAGUAAUCUUUUCUAUGUGAUCUUUGAUGAUAGCCCGCAAGAAAGUCUCCCAAGUCAAGAUGGUUGAGCCCUUCUGGAAUAUAAAAUGGUUCAUCCUGGCGAUACAACCUUUAUCAAAAUGAUGGGGGUUAAACACAGCCUUCAAAAUAAGCAGACAUUUCUGGGCAUAAAAGAAAACACAUGGAUGAGGAAAGGACUUCAAUUAGAAGUCACAUAAUCGUGAUCAGAAAGUUCAUAUUAGGAUAAAUUCUGUGAAUAGAAAUGUGGGAAAUUCCUGGAUAGCUUUGAAUCCCAAUUAUACAUUGGUCAGUAGAAAAAAUCCAAGAAGGGCCUCCAGCAGGCAAAUUCAGGGAAUAUAAAUUUAUUUAAUAAUAGUGAUCAUGAAGUAUAAACUUGAUAUAAUUGAAUGAUUUGGGGGGGUGAUGACAAAUUCUGAAACAAAAGUUGGAUUUUGUUGUAGGAAAAGUAAAAAGUGCAGACUUAUAAAUCUAAUGAGGUAGGAGAGAGUCAUUCAAAAAAAAUGCAGGUUAAUUGGACUGUUCUAUUGUAAUGUGAUACAGUAGUUAAAUGGGUGAAACUUAAAAAAUUUCAAAUGAACCCCCUCAAUGAAUGAUGAAUAUGUGAGGAGUGAAAACCUCACACGUUAUGCUACAGAUAAAAGGUUCUACCGUGGAGAGCAAUUCAGCACAUUCAGUAACUAAUGGAACAUGUCUUCAACAUGAAUUUGCACCUUGCACAAACAGACUUGAUUCAGGGAUUCCUAUGAAUAGCAAUGAAGAGAAGGAGGGCAUUUUAAUGCAGGAGCUAAAAAGCUUAAGUAGCUACCAAUAAUCAAGGGAUAGGAAGAAAUUGAUGCUUCUUAAUGUAUCCUGUUAAAUGUUUGAUUGUUUUGGAAUGUGUUAUUGUAAAGAUUUCAUGCAUACAUGUGUGUAUUGUCUGUUGUAAAAUGUUAUCAAUACUUUCUUCAGGGCUCACUCUUUCUUGGCCAUGAAGAGCUAGAUAGUUGUAGCGAGGUAAGGCGGAACUCCAAUAAAGAAACUCCUCAACAGUAAACAAGCCGUGACUGACUUUAGAUGGAGCAGUAUGCAGAGAAAGCCAUUUUGGUGUCACAUCUUUGUGGGUAAGUUAUAUCAGAUCCAAACCAGGGAGGGCAGCAGAGUACUCAUCCCACAGGGCUUGUAGCUCGGGUUUCAUGAGAAAUUAGGUGGUGCCUCCACCAGGAGAGGCACAGAAUGGAUUGAUCCUCAUACUGGGGCUGGCUCAUAACUCCUGGGAGUCGUUAGGCUGUGUGAGUGAUAGUUGCCAUACAGAAACAGUUCUGUUGGGAACAGAUAGACUUUAACUAGGUAACUCAAAGGAUAAAUGGAGUGUCUUCUGAGAGUUAAGUAACCUGUCCAAGGAUAUUCUCUAAGUCAGGUCUCUCUGGCUCCAAAAUCCACUCCUUUAAGAGAACAAUCUAGCGAGAUAGUUUCCUACUGCUUAGAAUUUCUCCGUCUAGCCACAUAGUUUCCAUGCCUCUCUCUAGGACUAUAAUUCUUUCCGUUUGUCUCCAGACCUCCAGCGGUAUGUUGUGGUGGAGGAGGAGGAAUGAAGCUAGGACAGGAGAGGGAAAGAGCCUUUCUGCCACUCUACUCCACUUUGGAAUGUUGCAGCCACACUUGCUCUUUGUCCUGUACAUGCAACACUGGCAAACCUGACCCUCUCCACAGACUUGGAUUAAUUUAUCCAGCGAGUACUUAUUGAGGAUCUGCUAGGCACAGUCCUCUGUCCUAGGCAGUAGGCAGCAGGAGUAAAUAGAAGAUAGAAAAGGGAGAACGUUCACAAGCAAAGCCACCCUAAUGGACACUGAACUAAACUAGGCAGAAUUCAGAGGAAAGUGACCACGGCCAGCUGGAAAGAGGGAGGCAGCAGUGACUUCCGGGCAGGACAAUAGAAUUGGGUUUUUUAAGAGGGAAGAGUGGGAAAUAGGAGGGAUACCUGAGGUUUCUGUGUGGCCAGGGCUGCCGAUGCGUCAGUGGCUCAAGGCCUCCACCCCCCUCACACACACGUAUACUUGAGCUCCAUGUGGGCCUAAUGCACUGCCUGCUUUUGAGAGACACAAUUUAAAUAACAAGGGAGAAGACAGGUACCACUCAGAUGGGGAUUCUGAGUCCCCAUGCCCACCCAGCACUGGGACAUGUUCCUACUGAGGCCUCCACUGACUCCAACCCACAGGAAUUGGGCCACAAGGGCCUCUUGGCCCAGGCCUCAAGUCAACCUAGGGCUGGACACAUGCCGCUCAGGCUGAUCCUGGAGGUGGGUGGGGGGUGGUCUUCAGGUCUCCAGCCAUUCCAGGCGGACUUUGUGGUGCAGAUCCAAUGAGCUGGUGCAGCUUUGCCUGUUCAUGGCCACCUCGGGACUUGAGCUGGUUUAGAGACCAGCAUUCCCCACCUCUUUCCAAAGAAAAUGUCUGAUAUGCAAGAAGAAAAAUAAAAUUGCCAACGUGUAGGUAAGUCAAAACACUUUUUAAAAAGCAGUGUCUCAUUUACAGGGCUAAAGAUAGAAUUGAAAUGUUAGACAAUAGUAGGUAAAUUGGAAGCUGGAAGAUCGGUGUGAAAGUGGCCUAAAGUGCUUGUAUUAUUUGGAAAGAGGGUCAAGAUGCUGUUUAACUCUAGAUUUUAUUAACUAAGUGAUAAAAUGUCGUGGGCGAGCAUUAGAAGGUUAGAAAUAAAGUAUAUAAAUCUAAAAAUCUAGACUGGGAAACUCAAAGUGUAGAAAAUUGAAAAGGUGGGACAAUACUUUCUGGUAAAGGUAGGUUAGGUUAUUUGGGCCAGUUUCCCACCAAAAACAAUGAAUAAAGACUGCAUUUAAAAGUAUAUAGAUAGUAAUCCCUCCUCAAAAGAGUAUUAAGGAUGAAAAGAUACUGCAGUUUAAACAGCCAGGGCAGUUUAAAAAUGGGAUCCUGUCAUCAGAGAGGGGAACACCAAAUCUGCUUAUGCCUUAGGCCAUUUGCUGAUGCUACACAUUUGGACGCUACUUCACCAGCCACAGGGCAUGAGAGAGACAGAAGGUCAUGUUAGGCCCACCUGAGGUGAUGACUCAGGAGACCUUUCCAGCGUUAAGCUGGGUUCCCAAAGUGUUACAUCCCCGGGAUAAGAUAAACCAGGUGUAAACCCAUCCCCCAGCCUCAAGGGACUGUGGAGACAGUAGCGUUGUUACUGAGCAGAGCAGUAGAAGUAAAAGGGAAAAGAAAACAUGCCUGACACUUUUUGGUCACUAACCAGCCCUUACAACCCAGGUGAACAUAACCUGAGACCUGACAGAAGCAAACACAAAACUUCUUUGGAAGAGCACUUCUUCUGUCUAAACCUCGGGUAACCCCUAUAGGUAAUUUUUCAGGAGCAAUUAAGAAGCAAGGAAAGAUAAUCAGGCACAUAAGGAAGAAAGGCAAUAUGGCUGGAAACCAGCAGAGAAGAACAAACUCGCUGUAGACUUCACAUAUUGAAUUAUCAGGUACAUUUGCAAAAACAGCUUAAAGUAUUUAAAGAUAUAUUUGGUAACAGAUUGUGACAAGAGAAUUGGUGAGCUGAAAGGUAUGGGUGAAGAAAUUAUCCAGAGUGCAGUGCAGAGAUAGAGAAAUACGGGGAAAUGCAGAGGAGGAAAGGUUUUAUUGGGAAGUUUAACACAUACUUAAUCAGAAGGCAACGACAGGAAAAGGGGCAAAGGGAAUGGGGCUGAGAAUUUUCGAGAGGUGGUGAAAAAUACAAGUCUACAGAUUUAAAAUCCCUAAGAAUACAAACAGGAUUAAUUUAUAAAAAUCACACCUGUUACACACAUAGUGUAACUGCAGAAAAUCAAAGAGAAAAAAGAAUUUAACAGCUAAAGCCAAAAACAUUACCCUCAAAGGAAUAACAGACUUCUCAACAGCAACGAUGGAAGCCAAAAGAGUGAAAUGAAAAUGUAACUGUCAACCUCUAGGUUAUACCUGGUGAAAAUAUCUUUCAAGAAUGAGGACAAAACAAGCACAUUUUAAGAAAAAAAUUUGUUUCAUUAUCCCUUCCUGACCAUCCAUAAAGGAAAUUCUAAAGAAUGUGUUUUCAUACGGAAAGGGAUCCCAGAUGGGGUUCUGAGAGACAAAAAGAAACGAAGAGCAAAUUGGGUAAGAAAUAUUUAGGCAAAUGUAAAUGGACAUUUUAUACAAAACAAUAAAAAUCUAGAGUUGUUAAAAUAAGAUAGACUUACAAUACCAGAUAACACAAGGGAGUAAAAAGGAGUGAAGUAUAUGAGCGUAAAGGUUCUGGUUAAUCCCAAGCAUAUUGUAAAAUCUAGGGGAAUCCAUCAAAUAGAAUGUAUAAUUUCAAUACUAGUAGACAAAAAGUGAGUUAAAAAAUCAAUGAAAAGCAAAUAAACGGGUGGGACAGGAAAACAAGAUGGUCGAUCUUAAGCCAAAAAUAUCAAUAUUUAUAUUUAAUUUCAUUAAAUGACAAAGAUAGACAGUGUCUUAGUCUGUUCAGGUUGCUAUUUCAUGUUUAUUUUGGGGGAAUACAAACAUCCAGAUCAUAGCAGACAGAAGUACAAAACUCCACCAUAUGCUGCAAAUGAGAGACUCACCUUAAAUACAAAGACACACAAAGUUUGAAAGUAAAACAAUGCGAGGAAGUUAUAUGAAGCAAAUAGUAACCAAUAGAAACUGGUGUAGCUCUACUAAUAUUGGAUGAAAUAGAGACUUUAAGGCACAAACCUUUCCUAGAGAUAAAGGGCAUCAUUACAUUAAAACAAAAGGUUCAGGGAAGAGAAAACAUUAGGAUGAUAUAACAGGUUUACCUUAGUAUCUACCUAAUGACAUAGUUCCAGAGUUGGCAAACAUGCAGAAUUCAAAGGAGAAAUAUAAAAUCCACAAUCAUGAUAGGAGAUUUGUGACUCCUCUCUCAGUAAUUAAUAGGACAAACAGAUUAAAACUUAGUAAAGCUACAGAUUUGAACAAUAUGAUCAAAAGCAAUCUAAUGGACAUAGAUUGAAGCACUGUACCAGUGUCUUAAGGAAAUAUAUUUUAUUCAAGCACACGAAAUGUUUUAAAAAAUUGACGUACACAAUGUUUCAUGUCAAUUAUAUCAAUAAAGCUGGGGGAAGAAAUUGAUCAUAUGCUGGACCAUAAAGUCUCAACAAAUUUUUAAAAAUUGAAAUCAUACAGAGUAUGAUCUGUGACAAUGCAAUUAAAUUAGAAAUUAAUAAUAAAAAGAUACCUAGGACAUUCUCUUACAUUCAGAUAUUGACAUAACAUUUCUUAAUCAUGGUUUAAGGAAGAAAAUAUUUUGAACUGAAUGAUAGUGAAAAUACUACAUAGCAAGACCAGUGGGAUAUUGCUUCAGCAGUGCUUAGAAAUUCAUAGCCUAAAGAUAUUUUAGAAAACAGAAACCUGUUAACCAUCUAAGCACCAUCUCAAAAAGUUAGAACAAUCAAAAUAAAUCCCAAAAAAGUUAAAAUAAGUAGAUCAAGGAAAGACAUUUAUAAAGUAGAAAAACAUAGAGGAUCAACAAAGCCAAAUGUGUGUGUGUAUUUUUUGGAAAAGACUAAUAAAAUUGACAAACCUCUGGUAAGAUUGAUGAAGAAAAAAAGAAAGCACAAAUAACGAAAGUCAAGAAUAAAAAGGAAUAUGGAGAACUGUAAAAUUUUCUUGUCUGAACAUAGACUGACCUCCUUGCUCCCUGAUAGUGAGAGAAUAACCCAUUCCCUCUGAGUUCCGUGAGUCAACAGUUCCAAGAACAGGAUAAGAUGAGCCAAACCACGAAGAAACACAACUCAUUCUGUAAGAUUGUGAUAGCUACUCUACCAAAGCCCACCAAAACUGCAGUAGGCGCUGCUGCUCUUGUGUAUUUCCCCCAUAAAACACCUCCCAUUCCUCAAGUUUGGAGAGACAUUCCCUUUGAGAACUUUCCCUGUUGCAACAGUUUGAAUAAAGUACUUGUUCCCUUGAAGUCUCAGAAAAUUUCUAAAGUUUGAUGUUAGAAAUGCUACAGAUAUUAAUAAGAUUUAUAAUUUUAUGCCAAUAAAUUAGAAAUUUUAGGUGAAAUGAGAAAAUUCCUAGAAAAAUAUAACUUACCAUAACUUACUAAAGGUCUCACAUCUUAAGGAUACAGGGAGCAUGGGAAAGAUUGGAGUGAGUUCAGUCCUUAUAGAACUCAAAGGAGCAAGAGGAGAAGGGGAGACAGGAGAGAGGAGAAAGAAAGCAGGAAGGGAAAACUUUAACAGUGAGUAUGGAAAAGCCUUCCGUAGGCGUGCACUUUACAUUUCUAUUAGCAAAUAUGUCUGAAAGUGAAAGCCUGAAAAAUAAUUUCAUGUGGGUUUAUGUACAGAGACUAAGGGUGAAAUGGUACUGAGUACCAGUCACUCAAUGCAAGGGAACUUUUCCUUCAUGGGAUUCAGAAAGGACAGAGGGUCACCUAAGGACCAGUUAGCUGAGGAGAUACAGUGGAAACCUGAAGUCUGUCUGCAUCAGGACCUUGAGGAAUUGGGUACAACUGCCCCCAGGGGAUUCCCUGGGCUGGGCGGUCUCUCCAUGCUUCUUCCCCAGCCUCAGCGGAGCACCUCAGCCUGGAGACAUGGAGAAAGAAGUCACGAUACUUUAACUCGAUUCUUCUUUCCACUGAGUGUCUUGUUUAGACCUGGCAGUUCUUCUCAGGCUGGUAGUAUUGGUUAUGCUCAGGAAGGAGUUUGUGUGAACCGUGUGUAGAGAAGUAACAAAGCUCAUUGGCCAAGAGCACAGUCUCUGCCAUGAAGCCCAGGUUUCAAUGAGAACUCUUACCGCCAGGUGACUUUAGGCAAGAAACUAAACCUGGUUUUAUGCUGUGUGUCCUCAUCUGUGUCCCACUAGGACAAUUAUGGUAGCAACCUCAUAGGUUAUAAUGAGGGUUGGAAAAGUUAGUGUUAUUAGAGCCCUUAGAAGCUAGUCUUGAAUAAGAAGCAUUUGUAUAAGGGUGUGUGAAGUUAAAUGUGACGGUGUGGUGGCCCCCAUCCCAGGACUCCAGCAUCAGGACACUCAGUAGAAGGCAGCCGCAUCUGAAGACCAAGAAAAUCCCCCAAGAACCACCCACACAUAGAUAGAACCUGAGACGCGAUUUGAGAAAUACAAUGUUUUGGAUCUGUUUACUCAGUAGUAUCCUACUUCUAAGCAAGCAAUAUGUUGUUUCUAAGCAGACAUGCCUUGCUUUGCCAGGCUCAAAAGGGGCCAGCAGGAGGAGCUUCCAGCUCUAGUCCAGUGACCGACGGUGCUGAGGGGGCUGCUUCUCACUUGCUUCUCCAGUUUAGGCAGCCUACCCACUCAUGCGUUACACAUUUCACUUCCCCUCGUGUUUUCUUGACAAUAGAUGUGCUGUAGAUUAAUGCAGGAAGGGUUGGUGAGAGUCAGGCUCCUACCUUAACCAUGGCUGUUUUGGGUGAGUAUCCCUUAAGAUCUCAAAUGAUAAGAGGAGGCCCUGGGGUCGGCUGGAGAAGUUCCUCUGGUCUUGGAUGCAAAGUCCAGGGCAAAUAUUCCAGUGAGUGCAAUAAUUAUGGGUUUUUUUUCUUGUCUAUACUUUCCCCAUGUGUAAAAUGAGGGAAAAGACGUGACUCACAAGGUUACUUCUAAGGACUAAAGGAAAAGCACUUUGUAUUCUGUAAAUCUUCAUACAAACAUUACUGUUAAAUUGGCUAAUGAUCUAUCUUAUUUUUAAAAGUUAAAGGAAGGAGAUAAUGAAGAUGAGAGCAAAACUUGACACAAUAGAGAGGAUCAAAAGUCAAGGUUGGUACUUUGAAAAGAGUAUUAAAAUUGAUAAACCUCUGGUGUGAUAAACAAAAAACAGAAAGGACAAAUAAUCACAACAGAUCCCAUAGGUUACUUAGAAGUGUAUAUUUUUUUCAUUGAGUUCAUGAUAGUUUACAUUGAUGUGAGAUUUCAGUUGUACAUUAUUUCUUGUCCAUCACCACGUAAGUGCUCCCCUUCUCCUCUACCCAAUCCCUCUUCGCCUGGUAACCACUGAACUGUUUUUUUUGUACAUGUGUCUGUUUAUAUUCCACAUACAAGUGAAGUUAUCUGGUGUUUGUCUUUCUCCGUCUGGCUUA